AUGUCAGUCAAGCACCAACAAGGAACAAAUGCGGUGACUCUUGAGGAAAUGGGAACUCAGGAAGAGGAGCCAAAGAAAGAGCAAAAGACCUUUACAGUAGAAGAAGCUGUGGAAGCAAUUGGUUUUGGGAGAUUUCACAUUGCACUCUUUAUGAUCAUGGGUAGCACUGGUGUGGUAGAAGCUAUGGAAAUCAUGCUGAUUGCUGUAGUGGGUCCUGUUAUCCGAUGUGAAUGGCAGCUUAAAAAUUGGCAAGUGGCUUUAGUGACAACAAUGGUAUUUUUUGGCUACAUGGUGGCUAGCGUAACAUUUGGGAUGCUAGCAGAUAAAUUUGGUCGUUGUAAGGUUUUAAUCAUCUCUUUUGCAUGGGGAGCGUAUUUCUCUUUGCUGACAUCGUUUUCUCCUUCAUACAUCUGGUUCGUCUUUCUCCGAGCCCUCGUAGGAUGUGGCGUAUCAGGUCAUUCACAAGGGCUUAUAAUCAAAACAGAAUUUUUGCCCACAAAAUACCGUGGUUAUGUUUUACCAUUAUCACAGGUAUUUUGGUUGUCAGGCUCCUUAUUAAUUAUUGGAUUGGCAUCGGUUGUUAACCCAACUCUUGGGUGGCGUUGGCUGAUCCGAAUAGCUUCUAUUCCAGGCAUUCUACUUCUUUUCGCAUUUAAGUUUAUCCCCGAGUCUGCUCGAUAUAAUGUGUCUUGUGGAAAUGAUAAAGCGGCCCUUGCUACCCUCAAGUGGAUUGCUAAAAUGAACCAUUCUGUUCUGCCUGAAGGAAAGUUGGUAGAAAUUGUGGAAGAAAAACGAGGUAGAUUCAAAGAUCUAUUUGAUCCCAAAUACUUACGGACAUCUUUGCAAAUAUGGAUUAUAUGGCUUGGAAUUUCUUUUGCUUAUUAUGGUAUCAUCCUGGCCAGUGCAGAAUUACUGGAGAAGGAUCUGGUUUGUUCAAGAGGAGGAUCUGUAGAAGCCGAUCUGGACCAUACUCAGGAGGAGUUUCAGAGCCCUUGUCUCUGCCAUACCUUUGCACCAUCUGAUUACCAGAUCAUGUUCAUCAGCACAGUAGGAGAAAUUGCAUUAAAUCCCUUAAAUAUUCUUGCCAUCAAUUUCCUGGGAAGGCGAGUGAGCUUGACAAUAACAAUGGGAUGCACUGCUGUUUUCUUUCUUCUCCUCAAUAUAUGCACCACAAUUACUGGUCUUAUUGGUUUCCUCUUUAUGUUGCGUGCUUUUGUAGCUGCAAAUUUCAAUACUAUCUAUAUUUACACAGCAGAGGUUUAUCCUACUACCAUGAGAGCCUUGGGAUUAGGGACCAGUGGCUCCAUAUGUCGUAUAGGUGCUAUGGUAGCACCUUUUAUAGCACAAGUACUUAUGAAUGCUUCUUUCUUGGGGGCACUGUGCCUUUUUGCCUUGGUUUGCCUUGUGUGUGCUAUCUCUGCAUUCACUCUGCCAAUAGAGACGAAAGGGAGAUCACUUCAGGUGGGUAAUUCAUCUUGCUUCUGA